AUAUAUUACACGUGAUAAUCAAUACACCGGGAUGGGUUGAACUGUCUUGUAAAUUCGAUGAUUGAAAAAUCAGUUCGUGGGAAUUUGAUGAACAAACACACAUUCAAUAUGUUUUUGGUAUAUUUAACAAUAAUAUUUGUUUCUCUGGCGCAAACGAAGGCUGCGUCCUCUUGCCCACUGAAACAAACAGGAUGUAACUGUACGUUUGCGGAGGAGAGUCCAUUUGACACGAAGGCGGAAAUCAUGGCCGCUUCCAUCGGCGCCAUGAGCCCUCUUCUACUCACUGGAAUCGGGUUCUCAAUCUGGAAAUACAUUCAAAGCAAGAGCCAGGAUAUUCCAUUCGAGCGGGCGCCCUCGGAACUCUCGGACGACUUCGCCGAGCCGAGGCGUGGAUCCAAAGGAAGGGUGAGCCCGCUGGGGGAAUACAACAACUACGCGCGUCGUGGAUCCACCCCUCUUUCUCUCACGGAUACGGAGAAUGAGUAUUACCUAUCGGAAACGCCGAACUCGGAGACACCGAUGGCGGACUUGAAUCAAGACGAUAGAUGGAGCUCACCCUCCCGGGCGCCACCGCCUUCCAACGCCGGACGGGCCAUGGUGGCUCCAGCCAAAUCCGAGUCCCUGAAUGGAUGGAUGUUCUGAAUUAUCCAAGCCCGAUGACCGUAUUGUCCAUGUGUUAAAAAGUGGGCUUGUGAAGAGGGGGAGGGGUGUAUUAACAUGUUUUAAAGAGGAAUGAAAAAAUACUGUGCGAUUUGGUUUUAGAUGUUAAAGCAUAAUUUAACUACACCCCUCCUUUUUUUUU